CAACAAUAACAAUGUCAUUCCAGCAGACGAACAAACACGACUAGCACCGGAAUCCCAAAGUGGCUCAACUACUUAACUCACAUUUUUCAAGAAUGAAGUAGUGACUCUGACUUUUUUCUUACGCAGAAACAAAGAUGUCGUUUAUUUCCGGUGGAAGCACGUGCAGUCGUGGAGUUCUAGCACGGACUGCUCCACGGACAAACUUGGGUGUUGGAGCGCUUGGGAGCAAUGUCCGUUGUUCGGCACAUUGGUUUCUGCCAUCUUGUGGAAGCAGCAAUAUCUUGGUGGGCUACCAGGAGAGGAGACGGAACCGUCGAAACAAUGGGCAGAAUAUCUGUAGUACUGUACAAGGCAGUGUCAACAUACGGUUAUUCUCUAGUGCCACUGCAGCUGCAAGUUCUCGUGACCCAGCCACGCCAUCGCCAGAAACGGCAGCGACACAAGACGCCGCGGCUCCUGCAACUGCUGGCAAGAAUGAGGUCAACAUGGAUGUGUCUAAAAUCCGAAACGUUGCGAUCAUCGCACACGUCGAUCACGGUAAGACAACUUUGGUUGACGAGAUUCUAGCGCAAUCCGGAAUGGCUGGGAAGUGGAAACGAGGAGCUAGGCAUUUAUGAAAGAACGAGUAGGCAACGAGGUCUAGACUCGCUAGUUCGUUUAUAUAGCGUAUUUUAGUGUCAACAGUAUCUAUUGGUUGUAAAUUGUUCUAUUGGUAUAAAUAUCCACCUUAUCCAUCCUAAGAAAGUGAGGAUGAACUCUACUGACGACAACAUCAUCUUCAUCAUCCUGUACCCUAGUUUCAACUUUCAUACGCUCUCGAUAGCAACGACUUGGAGAAAGAACGUGGGAUUACGAUUUUGAGCAAAGUUACGAGGAUUCAGGCGCCACGACGCAAAGAUUUCAUCUUCAACAUCGUGGACACACCAGGUCACGCAGAUUUCGGUGGAGAAGUAGAGAGAGUGUUGUCCAUGGUUUUAUGGUGUCAUCCGCUAGUGUUAGUCCGUAGCAUCAGGACUGCCAUUAGUCCUAAUGGAACCAUUAUAUCUUACAGGCGUGUCUUCAUGAUCCACACUGCUUCAUUCGUUUGACACACACUGGAGUCAAGGCUCUAGACCGUUAUCCCAUCGCGGCCUUCUUAGCAAUUGGCGUCCCACUAUGUCAGUUCUUGGUCAGUAGCAGGCGUGUCUUCAUCCACACUGCUACCUUUUAUUUGUUCCCCUGUUUUAUUCUUAUUGCUAUGAAGUACUAUUCCAAGGGUAAUUAAUAUUAAAGAGCAGGUGGUCCACACGAUGAGGAGGCCUCGGAGAUGAAUUUAGAAGCUGGAGGCGCUAAUGCUUGAUGGUGUAGUUUUGCUCGUUGACGCAGCGGAAGGUCCCAAGACGCAGACACGUUUCGUGUUGCAAAAAGCCCUCCAGAUUCCAGGGAUUCGGCCACUGGUAGUGAUCAACAAAAUCGAUAAACCAGCCAGACGUGCAGCAGGAGAAGUGGAAAACGAAAUCUUCGACUUGUUUGCUUCGUUGGAUGCCACUGAAGAACAGCUGGACUAUCCGACUCUCUACUUACGGAUAUUAUCGUCAACAACUCUUCACUAGCAGGAGUAUCUUUCAGCUGUUUUCACGGAUGAAAGUAGAUUUUUGCUUUAUCAAUUAGCAAAUGUCCUUCUCACGUAGCACAUGUUCUAAAAGUAGGUAGCUGAUGUACCUUAAAGUAGGUAGCUGAUGUACCUUAAAGUAGGUAGCUGAUGUACCUUAAAGUGCAUGUCCUUCAAGUACAUGGGAGGUUCUUGUGCUCGUCAGCAUCUCUAAUGUACGCCUCUGGUAUGCACGGUUGGUGCUGCUCCAACUACGACGAGGCUGUGACGAAGCCACCAGACAAUCUGGAUGCAUUAUUUGAAGCCAUUGAGGCGCACGUGUUACCACCAAAAAGCGUGCCUGGUGAAUUUUCUAUGCUGGUGUCACAAAUGGACGUAAUUCCUCAGCUGGGUCCGACAGUCACCGGGAAGGUGAAAACAGGAGUUUUGAGGAGGGGAGACAAAGUGCAUGCGAAGCUAUGGAAAGGGAUUUUUUUGAAGGCUUCGAUUUUGGGUUUAGCGCUAGUACAACUAGCGUGAUACAAAAAAUGACUUUCUAUUUCACAUCAGUUCUUCUGUGGACGAGUGAAGUGAUGACACUUAUUACUUAUACAUACAGCUGCUCCUACUUUUCCAUCUAUUUAAAUCGUCUAAUCCAUUCCCUCGACAACGUGAAACUGCACAGCGGCAAGGUCAAAGAACUAACCGUUGUGCGCGGAAUGAAACGGGAGAAAGUCGACUACGCAGUCAGUGGCGACCUGGUUUCUGUGAGUGUCUCAGGGUUUCUGCCAAGGUGGACUCAGACACUCUGCUCCAAUCCGGUGAAGGUUGACGCCAUCCCCUGUCUCCAGAUCGACCCGACGGUCAUUUGCGUCAAAGUCACAGUCAACGACUCACCCUUGGCAGGAAAGAGCAAGUACAUCUCGCUCUUUGACAUACAUGAAAGUUAUGCUUCUUGGCGGGCAGUUGAUUUUUACUCCUUACAAGAAAAGGUUUCUUGUUUCUUCUUCCGGCAGAAAUGAUCCAACUCAAGCUUUCAUGAAGUCUGUCUGGCAAAAGUCAAAGGGUGAGUACAGGAAAAUAGCUUAUACUUAAUAAGAAAAACGAAUUCGCUAGCACUUCUAGGACUACGACCAGCACACACACUCGUCUAACUCAAGCUGAAACGUGAAACUGUAGUGAACGUGGCCAUUUCCGUUACGGAAAGCGAGGAUAAAAGUUCUCUGGUUUUAAGUGGUAGAGGCGAAUUGCAGAUGGGCAUCUUGAUAGAGGAAAUGCGAAGGGAGGGAUACGAGAUGACACUAUCACCUUAAGGCUGCUGUAAUUGACACUAUCUAGUCAGUGUUUUGAUUAGUGUCCUCGCUCACAAAAGUGUGUCCUCGACUUCUGCGCUGCUUUCAGAUGCACUACUGUUCAGGAUUUCAAGCUAAAUUUACACAUACAGAUCACAUGCAUACACAUCACAUGCCCUCUAAUCCCUCCCACGCGUCGUCACCACCACCGAUCCAGAAGAUCCUACCGUUGAACUGGAGCCAUGGGAAUCCGUCGAAAUCGACGUACCGACAGACCUGUCGGCCCAAAUCAUCGAGCGCCUAUCCAGCAGAGGUGGCGAACUGAAGGACAUCAAUUCGGAUAGUAAGCAGAUUAUGGUGCUCAAAGUGCUGCGCCUGGUUCACUUUUUGUUGUCAAAGAACAACCCACUAUGAUCUGCUCUAUCUUCCACAAUUUCUAAUUGAAGAUCUCAGAUGCGUUUUGAGAUACCAUCAAGGUGCUUUUUUGGAAUGCGCGCAUGGGUUGGGGACAUCACGGGAGGACAGGCUGCCUUAACCUGUGAGAUGAUUCCGCCACGGGCAGUCGACAAAAAUCUGACGCCGAAUGCAGAUAGAGGAGGCGUUUUUGUAUUUAACAACUGUAAUUGAAGAUAGAAGUCUGUUGCCUUGGUCGGCAACAUUGCUUUUUGCUGGACUAGUGAGACUAGUUCGUUCUCAAAACUGUAUUUUCAAACUCCUCAACGAAAAGCAGCCUUAAAUAACAUCAAAACCAAACCCUACUACAACAACUCCUCAUUCAGAUCGCUGCUUCCGCUGGCAUCGUUUAUCUCGGUGAUCACCGUAAAGCCAGUAUGCGCGGACGGCUGUUUGUGAACGCUGGGGAUCAUUUAUACGGUGGUCAAAUUAUUGGGGAAAUCAAAGACUCCAAGGAGGACAGCGAGAUUAACAUCUGCCACAAGCAUGAUGGGUAUGCUAGCACGCAUGGCGCCACAGGUAUAGGUCUUUUAAGGCUCCUUACCCAAAUUAUGCAUCUUCUAGUGAAGCACCAUCUUGGACCAUAGGUUGCUUAGGGGGAAACAACAACAGGUCCACGUCCAAGAUGAGUCCCAACGUGAAGAUGGAUUUGGGUCACCCCGCUCUAAGUCCUAAGAUGUCCCUAGAAGAAAGCUUGGUGUAUUUGCGAGAGGACGAAUGUUUAGAAGUAACGCCUGACAGAAUAACCAUGCGCAAAGUGCUGUUAGACCCAACUGCUCGUAAAUUAGAAAUCAAAAAACAAAACAAGGCGAAGAGGGCAGCAUGAGGGCAGCAUGAGCAAGUGUCUCUGUUUCUACUGGGUUUAAAAAUGCUAUGUUGUAUUGUAAUGACAAGGUGAAUGAUGAAAUUGAAAAGCAAGGGUAUUAUCAUGUUCAUGUCUCUGUGCUGGGUAUAGAUGAAUGGACAUUUGAUUUUGAGAGACAUCGUGGCUUUUUGACUGUGUGAAUGAUUACGGGUUGUCUUUUUCGACGCUUGCAGCGUAAAGAAAUAGGUGUCCAGCACGACAGAGUGGCGGGUGUGUUUCCGCAUUUCCAUUUGGCUUUGGACGAAAGUCUCUG